AUGUCUGACGAAGGUAAAAAAGUGACACGAAAAGAAGCCAAAAAGGCGAAAGCCAAAGAGAAUUAUGACAAAACUAUCCUGUCGAUGGGAGGUGUCGUUGAUAAUCUUCCAGUUGUUGAAGGAAACCAGGAUGAACAUGGAGGAAUCGGUUCUGGUGCAGAGCUUGGUGCUCACUUCACUGUCUCUCAAACAUCUAAAACUGCAACACAAUUGACUCAAAUGGAGAAUAGUAUGGAUAUCAAGCUCGAGAAUUUCGAUAUUGCUGCUCAAGGAAAACUCCUUUUUGAUAAGGCUAACUUGACAAUUGUCUAUGGACGAAGAUACGGAUUAGUUGGACCUAAUGGAAUGGGAAAGACAACUCUAUUGAAACACAUUGGUGCUCGGAGACUUGCUAUUCCAUCUCACAUUGAUCUUUUGUAUUGUGAACAAGAAAUUCAAGUAGACAGCACCUCUGCCAUCGACACUGUUGUGAAAUCUGACAAGAAACGUUUGUCACUUUUAGAAGAGGAAGCGAAGCUUAUGGAACAAAUUGAGCAAGGUCUAACUGAAGCCGCUGAACGAUUGCAAGAAGUUUCCGAAGAGUUGAGAGAUAUCGGAGCAGAAAGUGCCGAACCAAGAGCACGACGAAUUCUUGCUGGUUUGGGAUUCUCAAAGGCUAUGCAGGAGAAGCCAUGCACUGAUUUUUCUGGAGGUUGGAGAAUGAGAAUUUCUCUAGCCAGAGCUCUUUUCCUUGAGCCAACACUCUUGAUGCUUGACGAGCCUACCAACCAUCUUGAUCUCAAUGCAGUCAUUUGGCUUGACAACUAUUUGCAAACUUGGAAGAAGACUCUUCUCAUCGUUUCUCACGACCAAGGAUUCCUGGACAGCGUUUGCACGGAUAUCAUUCAUCUCGACAACCAGAAACUGCAUUCUUACCGUGGAAACUAUACACUUUUCAAGAAACAAUACGCCCAAGAUUUGCAAGUCCAUGAAAAGAAUUUCGAUCAGCAGCAGAAGCAGCUGAAGGCGAUGAAAAAGAAGGAAAAAAAGGGAGGCAAGAAAAACGCGGCUAAACAAAAUGACGACGACGAUGCACCAUCCGCUGAACUUCUCCAACGUCGCAAAGAAUAUUCUGUAAAGUUCCAGUUCCCUGAAACUGAUAAGUUGAAUCCACCAGUUCUCGGAUUGUACGGAGUGACAUUCGGUUACGGAAACGAUAUUCUCUUCAAGAAUAUUGAUUUCGGAGUGGAUAUGGAUUCAAGAAUUGCUAUUGUUGGACCAAAUGGAGUUGGAAAGUCUACUCUUCUCAAGUUGUUAAUCGGAAAAAUUGAACCACAAUCCGGAGAGCUCCGCAAACACCGAACCCUUCGCAUCGGAUGGUUCGAUCAGCACGCCAACGAGGCUUUGAAUGGCGAACAAACACCUGUUGAGUUCCUUUGUACCAAAUUCAACAUAGACUAUCAAGAGGCUCGUAAGCAACUCGGAACAACUGGACUCGCUGCACACGCCCACAUAGUCAAAAUUCGAGAUCUUUCCGGAGGACAAAAAUCAAGAGUUGCUCUGUGUAAUUUGGCUCUUGGUAGUCCAGAUAUCAUCAUUCUUGACGAACCCACAAACAAUUUGGAUAUCGAAUCAAUUGAUGCUUUGGCUGAAGCAAUCCGUGACUUCAACGGUGGCGUGCUGAUGGUUACUCACGACGAGCGACUCGUGGUGCGAACUGAUUGUAAUUUAUGGAUUGUGGAGAAUCAAACGGUGGCUGAGAUUGAUGGAGACUUUGAUGACUACAAGAAGGAAGUUCUGGAUGCCCUGGGAGAAGCUCUCAUUGCCAAGAAAUAA